GGAUCAAAAUUGCCUAAGCCCUAACAAUUACACAAAACCCGUUGAAAGCAAUUCCGCUCCGGCGUUCCCCUCCUCUUCUCUUCACUGUUUCAAAUUCAAUGGCGUUGGAAGCUUACGCCACACAAGGCUCUGACAAAAUCCAAACCGAUGUUCUCUCUGCAGCUCGAUUAUCUUGCUACAAGGCGCGUGAUGCGUUCUAUUCAUGCUUGGAGAAAGAAUCUCGCAAGAAAGCUACUGAAAUCGCAACGGUCGGCCUGUUGUACCCAGUAGAAUGCAAAAAAUCGAGGGAGGAAUUUGUGAAGCAAUGCCGACCCACUUGGGUGAAACAUUUUGAUAGGCAGUACUGUGCUAAGAAGAGGGUUCAAAGGCUGUUGGAUGACAAUGAGUCAAGGAGAGGGGCUUAGAGCAUGACCCUUCAGGAAGAAGCAAGUGAAAAUGUUUAUUUUUGGGGUGUCCUUGCUUUGAACAACAUUAAACUUUCAAGUAAGAUCAAGGAGUUGUAGAUUGCUUUAUUGCUAUGGAACUUCUUAUGAGGGGAAUGUACUUCUCUUGACGUUGGUGGAUAGUUGAACUCAAUUGUCUCAGUGCUAGGUGAGAUUUAUAAAUUUAUUCCAUCGAAGAAUAAAAGUAGAUGUAAUUUUGAGACCAGUUGUGUUUCCUUAUGAAACAGAAGCUUCUUGAGAAAUGAAAUUUGCGAUGUUUAACUGUGUACUGAUUUAAAUUCAUUCCAUUCUAUGUAGUUGAGAAUUCAACAGAUGUUUUAGAUGCCACUUCUAAUUGUACACUUUCUUAGUCA